AGUUGGUUUCCUCCGGGCUUUGUGAAGGCGGAGACGGAAUCCCCAGCUCGCUGACGGCCCCUGGUUUGAUUGAAUCGUUCCUCUUUGGACGACUGUCCGUUUCGGCGCCCUGCAGCAAGGUCGGGGAAAUGUCUGAUGAGGAGAUCAAAAAGAAGACACUAGCUGCAGCUGUAGCCCGUUUAGAAGGGAAAUCACCAGGGGAGAAAGCAGCCAUCAUACAUCAGCAUCUUGGCCGUCGGGAAAUGACAGAUAUGAUCAUUGAGACCAUGGAGGCCAACCCAGAUGAGCUGAAAGCUACAAUGGAUGACAGAAAGUCUUCAGAAGCAUCCCCCACUGCACAGAGACGUAAAGAUCAAAGUAAAGAAGGUGUAAAUGCUGCUCCUGAUUCUCCAUCCAAACAGCUUCCAGACCAGAUUUCAUUCUUUAGUGGAAACCCCUCAGUUGAAAUAGUUCACGGUAUUAUGCAUCUAUACAAGACAAAUAAGAUGACCUCCUUAAAAGAAGAUGUGAGGCGCAGUGCCAUGCUGUGUAUUCUCACAGUCCCUGCUACAAUGACCAGUCAUGACCUUAUGAAGUUUGUCGCCCCAUUCAAUGAAGUAAUUGAACAAAUGAAAAUCAUCAGAGACUCUACUCCAAAUCAAUAUAUGGUGCUGAUAAAGUUUAGUGCACAGGCUGAUGCAGAUAGUUUUUACAUGGCGUGCAAUGGCCGCCAGUUCAACUCAAUAGAAGAUGAUGUUUGCCAGCUGGUCUAUGUGGAGAGGGCUGAAGUACUGAAAUCUGAAGAUGGCGCCAGCCUCCCUGUGAUGGACCUAACGGAGCUCCCCAAGUGCACGGUGUGUCUGGAGCGCAUGGACGAGUCCGUGAACGGCAUCCUCACCACCUUAUGUAACCACAGCUUCCACAGCCAGUGUCUGCAGCGCUGGGACGACACGACGUGCCCUGUUUGCCGAUAUUGUCAAACACCGGAGCCAGUGGAAGAAAAUAAAUGUUUCGAGUGUGGUGUUCAGGAAAACCUUUGGAUUUGUUUAAUAUGUGGCCAUAUAGGAUGUGGACGGUAUGUGAGUCGACAUGCCUAUAAGCACUUUGAAGAGACCCAGCACACGUAUGCCAUGCAGCUCACCAACCAUCGAGUCUGGGACUACGCUGGAGAUAAUUAUGUCCAUCGACUGGUUGCAAGUAAAACAGAUGGAAAAAUAGUACAGUAUGAAUGUGAGGGUGAUACUUGCCAGGAGGAGAAAAUAGAUGCCUUACAGUUAGAGUAUUCAUAUUUACUAACAAGCCAGCUGGAAUCUCAGCGAAUCUACUGGGAAAACAAGAUAGUUCGGAUAGAGAAGGACACAGCAGAGGAAUGGAUACCUGCUGCAGUACUGCAGGAUUCACAGGUGGUUGAAUCCACAGAUGCAGAACCGUGGAUACAGAGGGCCGAUGAUAAAGUUACACUUGGAUCUUCAACUUUGAGGAGGGUUGAGACCCCAACCCCCACAUUAUUCAAGGGUCAGAUUAACAACAUGAAGACCAAAUUUAAAGAAACAAUUGAGAAAUGUGACAGUCUGGAGCACAGACUAAAUGAUCUCCUGAAAGAAAAACAGUCUGUGGAAAGAAAGUGCACUCAGCUGAACACGAAAGUGGCCAAACUCACCACAGAGCUCAAAGAGGAGCAGGAAAUGAACAAGUGUUUACGAGCCAACCAAGUCCUCCUACAGAACAAGCUGAAGGAAGAGGAGAGGGUGUUAAAGGAGACCUGCGACCAGAAGGACCUGCAGAUCACCGAGAUCCAGGAGCAGCUGCGGGACGUCAUGUUCUACCUGGAGACACAGCAGAAGAUCAACCACCUGCCCGCUGAGACUCGGCAGGAAAUUCAGGAGGGACAGAUCAACAUCGCCAUGGCCUCGGCCUCGAGCCCCCCGUCUUCGGGGGGUAGCGGGAAGCUGUCCUCCAGGAAGGGCCGCAGCAAGAGGGGAAAGUGACCUUCAGAGAAACACAUGUCCCCGAGACUGUUUUCCCUGGCACAGCAAGGGAGUGCCGGGGCCUUCAGCUAAAUGUGAGGGUGGACCCUGAAUCAGUAUAAGUGAGGAUCAAGCCACAGUUGUUCAGAUCUUUCAUUUGCUAGUGUGUGGUGUAAUGAACGUUGGAGGGCUGACAACUAGCAGAGCUGAGGGAAACAGGCAGUGUUUUCAAAGGUGGCUGCUUUUCUUCGACCAUAAUAGUUCACUAACCUCAGAUGUUCUGAUGCCCAUUUUGCCUUCCUACUUGAUAGAUGCCCCAACUCUUCUGUGCAUUUUUCUGUUGUAUUUAUUGAGUUGGUGUGUUUGACAUUCAGUUCUGGGGUCGGUUUAAGAGGUUGAAUUUUUUUGUGUCCCCUUAAAGGUCUGAGGUCAAUCUAGGGCUUUACCCAGCCCUAAAGUACCAAACCUGCCUGAGGUCAUAGCAGCUGCUUGAGAGAGAGGUUGCCAUGGGCCACUGAGGAUUUAUGAAAAUUCCCUAGCAUGAGUCUCAUAUCAUUGGCAUCCCUCCCUGCCUCCGGAGAAUUGAAGAAUUGGUUGAAUGUUAUAUGAAAAGAGGCCGGGUCUGUAAACCCAGCACUGGCUGGUCACCAGCAGCCAUCUCCUCUUGCUCCAGGCCUAGCCAGGAAAAACAAACAGCCGUAGGCAGACUGAGUGGACCCAGUGUAGGAAAAAUGGUGACGUCCCCACUUUGUUUAUUUUUGAUGCCUCCACAGCUCCUUAUGAACCUCAGAGAAGGAGGCUUAAUGUUUGCUCCAAGACUCUAAUCUCAGAGUGGAUUUCCUAGCAUCCAGCAAGGAUAAGCAGGCAGAUUUAUCAUCCACAUGAAAAGGUAGAGUGAGACCUCAGACUGGCUAACUGUAUUUUGCUGGGAUCGGUAUUUUCUGAGUGUUUACAAAAGAUUGGGCUGCAUGUUCAGGUUGUGGCUAGAGGGAGCUUGGGCAGAUUUUCAGUUACGCCAUCAAGAUAUAUCCAAAAGGCUGUUGCUAAAUCUGAAAAUUAGAAUUUUAACAGAGGCCCCUGUAAAACAGUCAUGUAAUGCUCAGGUGGGCCAACAGAGGGGCUGUGUACUUUUUCUAGAAAUGGAAAUAUCAAAAAAAAAUUCAUAAUAUGUAGUAAUUAAGCAAAAUAAGAGUAAGAUCCAUGUUGGAAUUUGCUUCCAAAAGAGGUAGCUGGAUAGGUUAAUAAGACAUACUGUUAAAUGAUAGGUUUUCUUUUCUUUUUUUAUAAUUAGCUGAAGUUUUCAAAUUAUUACACUUCAGAACUGGUUUUCAGCCUCUAAUGAGGCCUCCUCCUCUUUGACCUAAAGGUCUUACAUUGUUACUUGUUCGCACACCAACUGUAUUGCUAACCAGCAUCCAUUUUUGUGGGAUGUGCUGCAGCACUUCCCAAAGAACCUUCCCUGUAACUUUGCGACAUGAAUGUACUCAGACAUCCUCAGUUUUUCCUUAGGGCAAACCAACUCCAUAAAUCCCCCUUGGACUUAUAUAAACAGAUCUUAAAGCAAGAGUGGGAACAGGAGGCUAACCUAAUUCUCUUUCCUAUAGAGAUUCUAUUUUAUUUAAAAUCUAUUUUUACACUAGUUAGAAUCCUGCUUUUUUGGCCAAGUCCUUGUCUUGCAUGUUUGACCUUGCAGAAGCUAGGGUGGGUCGUAGCAUACUAAUUAAGAGAAUUAGAAGUAGUCGACAAAGCUUGCCUGCUCCUCGUUUCUCUAUGAUCACCUCCAUCAAGCAGCCCUACCACCAGCUGGGAGAACAGAGAUUUUCAGUACAGGUGGGAUAAAUGCUCUCUGACAGGCUGUGCCCAGAGGAAUGAGCAAAUAGGCAAAUGUUUCCAAACUACUUGAAGGUUUAAAGAAAAAAAUGUUCCAGAAAAAAAUCUUGUCAAGCUAUGUAAAGAAAAUGUUUUUUUUUUAAACGGUCAGCGAGUCUUGUUUGAAUUUGACAAAACUACAUAAGGUAGAAGCUGUUAGUGUUUUCUGCAGGAUAGAAAUGAACCACUUAACGUAUCCAUACUACCUUGAACAAUGAAAUUGCAUUAAAAUAACCAAACUUUGAAAUGA